GUCAGUUUUCAUUAUAAGUGGUUAUAACAGGAAGUUUCUUUCUCAUGCAAGGUCUUUCUUCACUGCCGGCUCUGCUUUGACUAAAACUGCAAAUGGAAAGGUUUAAAAUCUUCCUUUUGACAGUGGCAGUGUGUGUGCUAGUUACAUCUCAAGAAAGCACUACUGAUCCACCUGUACCACAAAUCCAGUCUGAAUGGAGCGAAGCGUUUCAUGGUGAAAAAGUCUCUUUGAAGUGUGUCAUACAAGAUUCAAACAGCUGGAAUUAUACGUGGUUCAAGGGCCUGAACGAGAUUGUCUCCAAUGAUGAAACAAACAUACAAGGAAACACUCUCACACUCUCGGUUCAGUCCGGUCAUGGCGGGGUGUAUGAGUGUCAAGCUGAGCUGCAGGACAGAAAUGUGACGACUGCAAAAAGCCCACCGCAUUCGUUAAGAGUCCAUGAGCUGCCUAAACCAGAACUGUCAAUCGUGUCUCAAUGGAAAACAUUUUACCCGACUGAAAAACUGACUCUGAAAUGUUCAAUCAAAGAAGAUUCAAAUAAAUGGGACUAUGAAUGGUUUAGAAACGGAGCUCUGCUUUCCCAGGACAAGGACAUUUCCUUUUCUGGAAACACACUCUCCAUCAGCUCAGUUAAUGUGGUUCAUGCUGGACAGUACACCUGCAGAGGAAAACAUCAGACGAGAAAGCCAGUGACUACAGGAAAAACUGAAGCUCUGCAACUUAAUGUUCAUGAUACCACUCCAAAGCCAACAAUUACAAAAAAUCAGUGGUUUGAGCCCUUCUACAGUAAGGAGCGAGUACAGCUUAAUUGUAAUAUGCCAGGAGUUGGUUGGGAAUAUCACUGGUAUAAAGGCUCAAAUCGUCUGACCACAAGUCCAGAAUUCACCAUCGACUCAGUAUCUGUCACUGACACUGGUAACUAUCAAUGCAAAGCACAGAGAGGAGACUUCUCAGUGGACAGUGAGACUCUACAAGUAAGAGUUCAAGAUCCACCUAAACCACAAAUCCAGUCUGAAUGGACUGAAGCAUUUCAUGGUGAAAAAGUCUCUUUGCAGUGUGUCAUACAAGAUUCAGAAAGCUGGAAGUAUACGUGGUUGAGGGACCAGAAUAAGAUUGUCUCCAGUGAUGUAACAAACAUAAAAGGAAACACUCUCACACUCUCGGUUCAGUCCGAUCAUGGCGGGGUGUAUGAGUGUCAAGCUGAGCUGCAGGACAGAAAUGUGAUGACUGGUAAAAGCCCACCGCAUUCGUUAACAGUCCAUGGACCACAGCCAACAAUCGUUCUGAAGCAAGAUCCAUCAUACCCAGAGAUCUACACUGGAGAACAAGUCAGACUCAAUUGUAGUAUUCAAGAGAAGACUUCAAAAUGGCAAUAUAUUUGGGAAAAAGAUUCACGGCAAGUAAACACUGACCCCAGCAAUCCAGUUUACACAAUUCAAUCUGCUUCACUCUCUGAAAACGGAGAAUACACUUGUCAAGUAAGAAGGGGAGAGAAGACAUCAUCAAAGUCUAGAAAGCUGACAGUAAAAGAUCCACCUAAACCAGAACUGUCAAUCAUGUCUCAAUGGAAAACAUUUUACACGACUGAAAAACUGACUCUGAAAUGUUCAAUCAAAGAAGAUUCAGAUAAAUGGGACUAUGAAUGGUUUAAAAACGGAGCUCCGCUUCCCUCUUCUGGAAGCACACUCUCCAUCAGCUCAGUUAAUGUGGUUCAUGCUGGACAAUACACCUGCAGAGGAAAACAUCAGACGAGAAAGCCAGUGACUACAGGAAAAACUGAAGCUCUGCAACUUCAUGUUCAUGAUACCACUCCAAAGCCAACAAUUACAAAAAAUCAGUGGUUUGAGCCCUUCUACAGUAAGGAGCGAGUACAGCUUAAUUGUAAUAUGCCAGGAGUUGGUUGGGAAUAUCACUGGUAUAAAGGCUCAAAUCGUCUGACCACAAGUCCAGAAUUCACCAUCGACUCAGUAUCUGUCACUGACACUGGUGACUAUCAAUGCAAAGCACAGAGAGGAGACUUCUCAGUGGACAGUGAGACUCUACAAGUAAGAGUUCAAGAUCCACCUAAACCACAAAUCCAGUCUGAAUGGACUGAAGCAUUUCAUGGUGAGAAAGUCUCUUUGCAGUGUGUCAUACAAGAUUCAGAAAGCUGGAAGUAUACGUGGUUCAGGGACCAGAACAAGAUGGUCUCGAAAGAUGGAACAAUUAUCAUGAUAGGAAACACUCUCACACUCUCGGUUCAGUCCGAUCAUGGCGGGGUGUAUGAGUGUCAAGCUGAGCUGCAGGACAGAAAUGUGAUGACUACAAAAAGCCCAGCGCAUUCGUUAAGAGUCCAUGGACCACAGCCAACAAUCGUUCUGAAGCAAGAUCCAUCAUACCCAGAGAUCUACACUGGAGAACAAGUCAGACUCAUUUGUAGUAUUCAAGAGAAGACUUCAAAAUGGCAAUAUAUUUGGGAAAAAGAUUCACGGCAAGUAAACACUGACCCCAGCAAUCCAGUUUACACAAUUCAAUCUGCUUCACUCCCUCAAAACGGAGAAUACUCUUGCCAAGUAAGAAGGGGAGAGAAGACAUCAUCAAAGUCUAGAAAGCUGACAGUAAAAGAGCCACCUAAACCAGAACUGUCAAUCAUGUCUCAAUGGAAAACAUUUUACCCGACUGAAAAACUGACUCUGAAAUGUUCAAUCAAAGAAGAUUCAGAUAAAUGGGACUAUGAAUGGUUUAGAAACGGAGCUCCGCUUUCCCAGGACAAGGACAUUUCCUUUUCUGGAAACAAACUCUCCAUCAGCUCAGUUAAUGUGGUUCAUGCUGGACAGUACACCUGCAGAGGAAAACAUCAGACGAGAAAACCAGUGACUACAGGAAAAACUGAAGCUCUGCAACUUCAUGUUCAUGACAUAACCCCAAAAGCAGACAUUUCAAAACAUCAGUGGUUUGAGUUUUUCUACACUGAGGAACGAGUCCAUCUUAAUUGUACUAUGUCAGGAGUUGGCUGGCAAUACCAGUGGUAUAAAGGCUCAUCUCCUCUGAUCAAAAAUGCAGAAUUGGCCUUCAGCUCAGUAUCUCACACUCACAUUGGUGACUAUCACUGCAAAGCACAGAGAGGAGAUUUCUCAGUGAACAGUGAGACUCUACAAGUGCAAGUUCAAGCUCGUCCAGCUGUCUCUCUGAGUCUGGAGACUGAACUGGGCGACAUUAUGACUGGUGACAUGACUCUGAGGUGUAACGUCUCAGACGGCAGACAGUGGAACUACACCUGGUUCAUGAACGGACAGCAGCUCAACGAAACCUCAGAUCUACUCAAAAGGAAAGGAAAUGAGGAAACAAUCAAAAGUGAAUUCAAGUGCAAGGGAAUAAACACAGAGAGACCUCUGUACUCCGCUCUGAGUGACGGCUUCAUAGCCAAUAAUAUCAUAUUCAAAAGGAAGAUCCUGCUGGCCAUCUCCUUAUGUCUCGUCUGCUGUAUUGUAAUCCUGAUCAUUGGAUGCAUCGUUCUAAAAAUCACCCGUAAACCAGAGGUCAAAGAGACGGCACAAGACGACUUGUUUUUCUCGAUGACAGACUCCAAGAUCCAAGCUGCUUCACCCAUGAAGGAGUACAUGGACAACAGUCCGACAGAGCUGGAGGAAUGUCAGGAAAAAGAAGAACUGAUCACUGAUCGUACUUCAGCCGUUCAAGAGGAUGCUGUGAUUAAAGAUGAAGAAACGCCGGCGUCAGAAGCCAAUGGCCUGAUAUCAUUUAAAGGACUCUGAACCGUUUUACUAGCAAUCACCAUCAUGAUGAAGUUUCUGUAUUUGCACGAGGCACAGCUAAAUGACACACAGUAUGCUGAUUUUAAAAUGACUGCAUAUAGCACGCCACUUUGUGAAGUGGCAGCUGCUCUUUUGUGUACUCUUAAAGGCUAAAAACCAGCUUGUUUACGGUUUCUAAAAAUGUAAAACUGGACUGUGUUGUGGAGACAUACAGCUGUAAAUAAAGACAGUGAAUGUAGAGCGGGAUGAAUGACAGACACCAAAACAUUACAGUUAUCAGAAGAAAGAAAUCUUGCUGUAUAUAUCUGUACAUACCCAUAACAUCUGAUUCAUAUUGCAAAUAUUACAACACAACACAACAGAAAACAAAAACUAUUGAUUUGUAAUGCAUCUACUGUAGUGGAUAAUUUUGUUAUUGUAAUUUAUUUGCAUGUUGAACAAAAGCUUUUACUUUUUCCUCUGUAUAAGUGCCUUUUUUUUCAUUUUGAUCGAAGAUCUUAAAAGUACUAUUAUGUUGUUUUUUUCUACCUAUUAAAAUCGUUUUAAGUGUUUUGAUUCUGGAUUAUUUGCAUUUAAAUAAACAUGUUUAGUUCA